AUUGACUAUCUGAGCGUGCUAUCUGCGUUUCGAGAAGGAUUUUGCCUCGUGGUUUGUCCGUCACCUUAAAAUUAUUAGGUCCGUUUUUAAUUUCGUAACCGUGUGAAAUUUAAGCAGACUCACAGGACUGGUAAUUAGUGUACGUGAGAGUACACAUUCACGAAAUCGAACUGCGAUCUGUGUGCACGUAGCAGACAGGCUGUAACCCUGAGAGAGAUAAUUAAUAACGCCCCCUGUAUGUUGACAAUAAAUAACGCUUAUAAUAGAAGCAUGGUUUAGUUUCUGAUAUCGCAUUGCAACACGUAACAAAUCGAACACAAGAAAUAUCUAAAGAACAAACUCAGUUCUGAAGAUGGAAGCAUUAUUUUCCUCCGAAGAACGUUGGUAUAUAUCUACAGAGUCAAUACAGCGUUACAACUCAGAAGACCGACUUUAGAUUUUACAUGGCGGCUAGGAAGUUCAUAUAAUUCCUGAAUUUUCAAAAUAUGAAGGCGGUGCAUAUCGAAACGAAAUAAGACAGAGAAAUUACACUGUAAGGGACACUGUGAGUAAUCCUUUCUCCUUAUCAAUUUGACGAGGAUGUUAUCGGCUGCAGUUUCCUUCCUGCGAAGCCAAACCAGCAAAAUCCCUCUCACCUCAAACGCGUGUGGUCGUGUGGUCGCUUGCUACAGGUUCUGGGUUGUUCGUGCGUACUUGUGGAAUUAAGUGGACGUAAGCCAGGUUUCAGCUCAACUAGAUUGUAACUCUGCUAGAAAGAGGAACUUCCCUCGUCAGAUACAAUAUGGCGUCGAGUUGGAAGCUUGUGGUUGCCGUGAUUGUCCUCAUACAGACUCGGCCUACGAGGAAUUCAUGUCUCUCGGGAUGUCUGUGUUCGACACAAGUUCUGGACUGCUCAAACACUAAUUUUACAAACAUCCCUUUCAUCGAGACCUUCAGAGGGGAACUCUACACUGUUCUGAACAUGUCCUUCAAUUUCAUUCGUACACUGGAAGAAAAUUCCUUCACGAAACAGUACUUUUCUGUGAUCGAAACGUUAGAUUUGUCAAACUGCGACCUAAGUGAGAUUAAUUCGUUUGCUUUUAGGGGUUUGGGUAAAAUGAUAAAUUUAAAUUUGGCAAAUAAUAGCUUGAAGGGUUUAAAAGACAGGCUGUUUGAACCCUUGGUAAAUCUUAAAGAACUUUAUUUGCAAGGAAACCAGUUAUCAAGGAUUGUACCAGUGACAUUGUCUCCUUUGAGAAAGCUAAUUGUUUUGGAUAUGAAUUACAACAGAUUAUCAGUUAUUGAUAAAGAAACUUUUAACAGUCUACGUGAUCUGAGGGAACUAAGGCUUAAGGGCAAUGCAAUGAGAGACUUUGCACCUGAAACAUUUAGCCCACUGGAAAGCCUUCAGUCUUUGGAAUUGCAGUUAUUCGGGACGUCCAAAGAAAUAUCAUCGCCUCCCAGCAAAACAGGAUUGUCUUCGUGUCUGUGUCAACGAAUAACAGCGCUUGGCUGGUGUCAAGGUCGCAAUGUCACCUGUUUUGUGACGUGCGAUUAUUCUCACGAGAAUAAUUACGAUGGAGAUUAUCGUGUGUGUUCGGGUAUCUUGAACGGCCUCAGUAACACAGAAGCAACCAAGAACAGAUCUCUAUCAGCAUUUGAUCUGUCUUGGGCUUUUGUAAUAAUUAUGGUAGUUAUCCUUAUAUUGAUAAUUACAUUAAUAAUACUGGCUCUUGUCGUACUUGAAAAGAAGAUCCAAACUGGAGAUGCGAACACCUCUGUUAUAAUUGACUGAAUAAUACAGUUGCCAUAUUACUCCUUUAAAAUUUGAAUACAAUUGGACUCUUGAACAUUAAAAAAAACACGAGUUUAUAUACAGAAAUGUUCCACCUCAGAGGUAAAUACUCGUGACUAAUACUUAAUUAUAAAAGUUUUAGUUAUUUUUGCAAUGAACUCCUUGGAAUCGAAUUCCAACCUCUGAUGUGCCAUCAGUGAAAGUUGAAAUGUCAUUCCUAAACCAGACAGCACUUACCGUCUAAGCUUUCGUAAUUAGUUAAUGUAUUUGUUUGAAUCGAUAAGAUAUCUUGAAAUGCAAACGCUGUAAUGAAUCCAGUCACCUAAAAUAAGAGUUGGCUUCGGAAUAAUCCUUUUCUGUUUGUCAAUGUUCCUUUGUUGCUUGUCGGAACGUAUUACACUUCUGUGUCUGUUCAGUGAUAAUUUUCGUUUAAUUCUUCAACACUUCAUUUCCUAAAAUAAGUAAACUAUAUUUCAUUUCAAUUUUUGACAGUUUAUCAAAUUCUUUUCACAACUCUCCGUCCUGGGAAAUAAUUAGAUAUUUUUUUAAGUCCGUUCUGAUUGAUUAAAUCAGGAGUGUAAGGUACAAAAUGUUGGUUUCAGAUUCCAUUUGCCAUAGGACAUAUUACACGUAAGGAAUAUUUAUAACACGUUAAUAACAUUGAAAUAAAGAUUUCCGUGGUCUGUGGUGACGUAUUCUGUACAUAUGUGACAUUAAUCCAAUAAAAUAUUAUUUUAUAUCUGAAA